GACGUGCCAAGGCCGAUCUUCCACGAAUUAUCUCGCGAGUUUCCAAAGUUUGUCCAGUUCCGUCAACACUCCGCCAGCAGUUUAAAAUCUAGCGUACAUCAUACCUACUCCUUUAUUUACCUGUGGGCCCGCAUAGCCCGACAGCAGGCCUGACGAGCGCAUUAGUUGGUACAGUGUGUUUGUCUGUGAUAUUUUAUUCAAACUGCGGGAGACCACGACACGAGCCCAGAGAUGGACGAAGACUCCCCGACCCACACGGACAAGCCCUCCCCGACCCACACGGACAAACCCUCCCCACUUGAGAUGGUGGACGUCAACCUUCACAACUCAUCCAAAGAUGGACACAGCAAUGGCAAGGUCAAGGAUGAUGAGGUCACAAGCAAAAAAGUUUCCCCAGAAGCGCAAGAUUACAAGCCAUUUAUGGGCAUGAAGCAGAUCCUAAAGAACGUUUUUGUUGUUAGUCUGGCCUUCACCUUCCUCUUUACGGCCUUCAACUCUAUGGCGAACCUGCAGACCAGUUUGAACAAAGAGGACGGUGUUGGAGCUUGGAGCUUGUCCACGAUUUAUGUCAGUUUAAUUGUUUCCUGCAUGUUCCUGCCCAAUUUUAUCAUUUCUAGAUUGGGCUGCAAGUGGACGAUACCGAUCUCAAUGGUUGGAUAUAUUCUAUACAUGUGUGCUAAUUUUUAUGCUGUCAAAGGAACUAUGAUCCCAGCCUCCAUUAUCCUCGGCCUUGGAGCGGCUCCACUUUGGUCUGCCAAGUGCACGUAUCUGACACAGCUGGGUGUCUGGUAUGCCAAAUUGACAAAACAAGACCAAGAUGGAAUCAUCAACACGUUUUUUGGCUUCUUUUUUCUCUUUUUUCAGACUUCCCAGAUUUGGGGUAACCUCAUCUCCUCCCUGGUGUUCACGCCAGAUAAAAGUAAUGGGACAGAAACCAAACAAUGUGGGGCCAGUUUCUGUCCUGAGGUUGCCACAACUAACGGAUCGGAUAACUUUUCACAGACAUCAGACAAGGUGUACACUGUCUGUGGAAUUUACCUGGCGUCUGCUGUCAUUGCUGUCAUCAUUGUGUCCAUCUUUCUGGACCGGAUAGUCCUGGAUAAAGAGACAAGUGAAGAGGACAGAAAACUGAGCCCCAAACUUUUGAUCUCCACCUUCCGCCAUCUGUUCAGUUCACCCUUGCAAGCCAUGCUCAUCCCCAUCACUAUCUACAGUGGAGUGGAGCAGGCAUUCAUGGGAGGGGAUUUUACAAAGGCCUAUAUCAGCUGUACCCUGGGUAUUUGGAACCUUGGCUACGUUAUGAUAUGUUACGGUGUUGCUGAUGCCCUUUGCUCUAUUCUCUUUGGUCGUCUGGUUGUUUAUAUUGGUCACAUCCCAUUUUUUAUCUUCGCUUUCAUAAAUCACGGAGCUUUGCAGAUUGCGUUUUUAUUGUGGAGUCCCCAGGAAGGACAAGAAGUGAUCUUUUAUGUUUGUGCUGCAUUGUGGGGUAUGGGGGAUGCUGUGAUACAGACACAGCUCAAUGCACUUUAUGGUCAUUUAUUUUCGGACAAAGCUGAGGCAGGUUUCGCUAACUACCGCUUGUGGGAGUCGUUGGGUUUUGCAGUGACAUACGCCUACAAUGAUUAUCUGUGCACAGACACAAAACUGUAUGUGUGUUUGGGUGUUCUAGGCACAUCUGUCAUUUGUUAUUUUAUUGUUGAACUCAUGUCAUGGCGAGCAAAGAAAACCAGUUUAGAUAUAACAAAACAGUGAUUCUCAUAAUGUGCAACAAAUAUAUUCAAAUCAAUUCUUUAUGGGUAAAUAUUCUUGGUUAAAUAUUGGUCUGAAUUUUAUUAAAAAAAAAUAUUUUAAGUAAAUCAUAUAACAUUUUUUUAAGUCGUGAAGAAUGCAAUGCUUGUCUAA